GUCUCUAUUGAUAGUCCGGAGCUGGUGGACAAGCAGAGCUCCCAGGCGGAAAGGAGACCGUCCGUCUGCCGGGCUUUACCCGACUGGUUGAUAGAUGAAUGGAUGCAGAAGCAGCAGCGAUUACUGGAGUAUUUGUGUUCUGCCUACGCGCCUCAGGACUCGGAGAAGGCCGUCUGCUACUACCCGUCCGUCUGGUUGUCGAUUGGGUUGGUCUCUUUUGUCCUUGGAGCCGCCUACGUGGCCUCCUUCGUCCUGGAGCACUGGGACCAUUUCUCCGGCCGAGGCUUCCCAGAGGGGCGGACUUGUCUGCAUGAAGAAUCCGGAGCAGGUGGACGAGCCCAGGCUGCCGGACGAGCAGAGCUCCCAGGCCGAGAGGCGAACGUCCGUCAGCCGGACCUGGCCCGACUGGUUGAUGGAUGA